UAUUAUAUUUUACACACAAGUAUACAUCACAUCAAUUGGUCGCUCUAAUUAAGUGUCAUUCUGUUUAUGUGUGUAUGUAUAUAUAUAUAUAUACAUAUGUGGGUGUGUGUGUGUGUGUGUGUGUGUGUGCGUAUAUGUAUGUUUGUAUGUGUGUGUGUAUGUAUGUGUAUGUGUGUGCAGUCUACGAAUGUUUAUUUCGAUUGCAGUAUAUAUACAUAUAUAUAUAUAUAUAUAUAUAAAAUAUGCUUCAAAUACAAAUAUAUAACACAUCACUUGGCCACUUUGAUUAAGUGUCAUCUGUUUAUAUGUGUGUAUAUGUAUGUAUGUAUGUAUGUGUGUAUGUGUAUGGUAGUAUUUUCGAAGAAAUAUUUGAUGAUAAUGAUGAUAACGAUAAUGAGUAGUGCUUUUAAAAGAGGAAGGAAGAGAG